UCGGUCACAUGGGCAGGUCCGACUAACUGAACAGUUAAUAAACUGACACUUACUGACACUGAGGAAGAACACUUGGACAACAAUACCAAGGUACAGCUGUGUUUAUCCACGUUUCCUUUGUAGAGGUAGUAGAUACUUCGUUUUUGUGAUUGAUCACUGCCUGGGCCACCAGUUUACAAGGCUAUUAAGCUGCAUUUAUUUUUUAUUGCGUAGAAUAAAGGUAAUCAAAAAUGUAGGACCUUUUUUCAGCCUCAGAUGAUUUAAUCAGCAACCAUACUUAUUCACAAUGGCUGCAAUAGCUUUCACGCAAACCCAUAUCUAUACUAAACAAGCCGGCCCAAAAGACAAGGAUAAAUACUGCAUCCAGUGCCUCGAGUGCUCCGACCGCAACAUUUACGUGGGGACCGGAGACUCAACGGUCCAGCAUCUCACCCUCGACCAGACCCAGGCCCCGGCCCAGACCCAGGCCCCGGCCCAGGCCCCGGCCCCGGCCCAGGGCCAGGCCCGGGAAUGCAGGACGAGGAAGCUCGGCCCCAGCAGCCCCAUCAAACAGCUGCGGAGCGUGCCGCUCCUCAACCAUCUCCUGGUUCUGUGGGAGCAGUGCGUCACGGCUCUCGACAUGUUCUCGUUGGAGCCCGUCCCCGGCCUGAAGGCCAUCCAGCACAGCUCCUGCAUGGAGGUGUGCGGCCGCCGCCCCUCCUCGACCCCACAGACCCCCUGCCGCCGCGAGGGAGACAGCGUGGAGCUGAUCACCGCCUCCAGCAGGAGGAAGUUGGUGCGGAUCCACGCGGUGUGGGUGGACCGCUGGGAGGUCCUGCGGGAGGUGCCGCUGCCCCAGGACCCCGUGUCCCUGGCGGUGGACGGAUCCUGUGUCUGCAUAGCCACCGUCGACCGGUACCACCUCGUUGACUACCACGCUGGGAGCAUGUUGGAGCUGUUCCCCCACGACCGCAGCAGGCGCCAGGGGGCCAUGGUGGUCCCCACGGGGGGAGGCGAGUUCCUGCUCGACGCCCCUGGAUCCUUAGGCAUGUUUGUGAUGAGCACGGGGACCUGCCAGCGCCCUCCCCUGCCGUGGCCCCGGGAGGUGCUGGCAGCUGACGUCUGCUUCCCCUACAUCCUGGCCCUGCAGCCCCGAGGACUGUCUGUCUACAGCCUGCUGGAUCACACGCUCAAACAGACGGUGGCUCUGGACGGGGCCCGGGGCCUGGUGCCGGGGCCAGAGGGCGUGCUGGUUUUCACGGACAGGCAGAUCUGGGCUCUGUCUCUGGUGCCGUUACAGGAGCAGGUCCAGGCUCUGGUGAUCUGCCAGAGACUGGACGAGGCCUUGUUCCUGCUGGACGGGGUUCAAAGCCAUCUCCCACAACACUCCUAUGAGGAGCUGCAUAAGGACAUCUCCUAUCUGGCGGGCGUGCAUCAGUUCAACCAGCGGGCCUUCGAUGCAGCCAAGGAGCUGUUCAUAGCCGGUGACCUGGACCCCAGAGAGAUAAUCAGCCUGUACCCUGACAUGAGGCCCUGCCUGGGGGACCGAGGUUUGGUCUCCCGGCGCGGGGAAACAACGGUGGGUCAGGAGGAGGUAGCAGAUCUGGCGCGCCUGCAGCGAGAAGACGCCGCCGCUUACCGGCUCUACCUGGACUUCCUGGCCGACUACCUGGCCGUUGCCAGGGCGACGGGACAGGGAGGCCCCAGGGAGGCGGUUGAUUGCGUGCUGCUGAGGGUCUACGCGGAGCAGGGCGCUGCCGGGGAGGGGGAGUCGCUGAGGCAGCUCGUGGCCUCGCCCAACGCCUGCAGGCUGGAUCGCUGCGUCUCGGUUCUGGAGCACCACAACAGAUAUUUUGUACUAGGUAUGCUCUACCAAAGCCAUGGCAAUCACGUUAAAGCAAUCAAGACGUGGGUGAAAAUCGCAGAUGGCCACUUUGAGGACCCCUCCUGCCCAGACGUGUAUGAGCACAUAGUGUCCACUCUCACCACGCAGGAUAUCGAUGUGGUGUGGAUGUUUGCGGAGUGGGCUCUUCAAAAGAAUCAAGAGGUGGGAGUUCAAAUCUUCACCAAACAUCAACAGGAGAAUAACGAUCAAAACUCAUUUGGGGCAGAAGAAAUCCUCAAGUUUUUGAAAAACUACCCACAGGCCUCUCUGUUUUAUCUUGAGUUCUUGAUAAACAAGGAGAAAUCAGAGACGGAGGGUUAUCACACUGAUCUGGCGCUGGCGUACGUCAACCAGACCCUGCAGGCCUACUCAGGGCAGGAUGAACCACCGGAGGCAGGGGAGACGCGGGGGAAACUACAGGAGCUUCUCUGGAGCUCCAUGUCCUACGAUGUCCCAGCCGUACAUCAGCGCAUCAUGGCCACCGGGCUGCACGUGGAGAGGGCCAUCGUGCUGGGCAGGUCGGGCGACCACACCCAGGCCCUCCGAGUGCUCGUUCACGAGGGCCGCGAGCCCCACGCCGCUCAGGCCUACUGCCACAGGGUAGCCCAGGAGCGGAGCCAUGCAAGUGGGCCGGGAGAUGCAGCGGGCCUCAGGCGGACCCUGCUCCUCACCCUGCUCUCCAUGUACCUGUGCUCGGACGCCCUCGCCGGCGAGGCCUUGGAGCUCCUGGGGGACAACGCUCUGCACUUCCCCCCGGGCAGGGUGCUCGAGCUGCUGCCCGGGGCCUGGUCCGUGGGGCUGGUGUGCCCCUACCUGGUGGGGUCGCUCCGGGAGACCCUGCACCGGAGGAGGAUGGGCGGGCUGCAGAGAGCCCUGGCCCAGGCUGAGUACCUGAGACACAAGGUCCUGUGGACACAGGCCUCUAAAACCAUGGUGAGGGUGCACAAGGGCCAGAAGUGUCAGGCCUGUCAGAAGGAACUGACCGAGGCCUUCAUCCGUACCGUCGGGGGACAACUCCUGCACACGAGCUGUAACACCCAGAACCACUAAGACACAGAGGGGGUGUGUGUGGUUGUGUGUGUGUGUGUGUGUUUGCGUGUGCGUGUGUUGCGUUAAUGAUCAUGUGCAGAUGAGGUCUGCAUGUGUUUCUGUAGAUGUGUGUAUGUGGGAGUGGGUGAAUGACGAUAUACGUAUUGUGUGUGUGUGUGUGUGUGUGUGUGUGUGU